UCCAGACUUACUUUAAGUGAAGAAGAAAUAAUCUGUUAUCUUGUUUACAGUAUUGUUAUUUUGGAUUUUCCCUUAUGUGCACCCAAAAUAACCCUAACUCGUAGAGGACUCAGGGCUCUCUUAGCCAUGCACAUCCUCUCAUUUAUCACCAACCCAUGUCCCUCUUCCAAACAAUACUCAAACUCUCACACAGGAGCAAUCUUUGAGUUUGAUUUUUACAUUUUUCAAUCUCUUUAAGCUUUCCACACCUCCUCACAAUCCUUGCAUUCCUCAUUCUCUUUAUACUGAUCUCUGACAGUCCCCCAAGUCUGUGCUCUCAAUGGACACUUCAUUCCAGGUGCCACUAGUAAUAAACUGAUGAGCUGUUUUGCCCCUGAAUGCCACUCCAUCUCUGGAUUUCCACUAACUCUAGUCCCAACAAAGCCACACAACUAUUCCCAGAUUCCAACUAGUACCUUGGGAGUUUGAUGCCCUCAGCCAAUCUAGUACCAAUUUCUUUAUCAAUCAGUCAUUAGUUACAAGCAACAGAAACUAACUUCAUCUUAUUUAAGCAAAAUAAAAUUUUAUGUUAAACAUAUUACAUUUAUAAAACAUAUCUCAGGGGAUUGCUGAAAUGACUGGAGGACCAAAUACAGAGCCACACAACUAGAAACAAUGCCCUAAAUUAAGCUGCAUUGUUGUCUCCAUGAGGACAGCCCCAUCACCACUGCCCCUUGCACAGCGGGCAUGGUUGGCACUGAACCCUCAAUGCUGCCCAAAACAAGCUAUGUCGGGGCCCUGCUGCACCUAGAACUAGAUCUUGCUGUAAAGCCAUUUCCCCUGGAGAGAAUUCUUAUGGUCACUGAGUGCUCACUUCCUUAGCUACAGAGUCAUUAGCUUAGGCUGUGAUCAAGGUACAUGCUUGGCUGAGAAUAGGUCAGGUGUCUGCACUCUGGUUUUAAGGGAAGUUCAGAGAGUAUCUGGCAUCUAUUAGGUAGGGAAUUCCCCUAACAUAGGAAGUGGUUUCAGAUGCCAGAUGUCAAAAAAAAUGCCAACUUUUUCCUACUCUCAGGCCAAGGUGCCAAGAAGGACUGGGAGAAUCACACUUCCCUAAUUUCUCUAGAUCUUCCCAAAUAUUCCCAUUAUCACCUGUCAAACAGUCAAUGUUUCCUAAUCAAUGCAUUCACUCUAGAAUGUGGCAGAGAACUUGGCUAUAACCAAUCUGCAGAUCACAUGGCUAUCCUCCUGCGGCAGCCUCAGAUUGCUGACCGUGGGCAGAGGCUUCCUUACCAGAGUUACAAAUUGUCAUGCUGUUCCUCAUCUGCUUGUCCCCUCUUAAACCCCUUCCCAAGGUUGCCAGAUGUGAAUUAUUUUACCACUUUUCUACUUAAUCCUCUGCAGUUACAACCACAGGGCAAUGGGGAAAGUUGAGGUCAAGCUCUAAGAGACAACAUGCAGUAGUUUUCCCAGUUACUUCAUUAUCACCUAACAAGGACAUCUCAUUUCCAGGCUCAGAAUGGAGGGAUUCUCACUGCAUCCCACCCUAUAUCAACAAGGCCAGUUCCUUUUUUAGGGUCUGCUGUUUGCAUCACUGCAUACCUUAUACCUAUUUUUUAUUUGAAUCUCUUUGUUUGGAAGUGACAGAAAUCCAACUUGAAAUAGAUUAAACAUAAAGAAGACUGUAUUGGGUAAUAAAAUUCAAUAAAGGGCUGAAGAACUAAUUUGCAAAAAGAGUAAGGAUGUCUCAGGAAUAACUGGAGCUAGGCUCUUAAAUUCUAACAUAAGUCUCUAUAUCUUUUGCCUCAGCUUCUUAUUUAUUCUUUCUUCACUCCAACCACCUUCCUUCUCUUCAUGUUGGGGACCAUGGCUGCAAACAUUUCCUGAGCUUUACAUUUAUAGUUUUCACCAUUCAAAAGAGAAUGACUGGUUUCUCAAUUCAAAUAAGAAAAAAAUGAUGAGAAAGGGUUUUAUUGACCCAUCUUCAAACAGGUACCCACACCUGGACCAGUUAUGGCUGAGGGUAGGAUUAUGUUAAGAACAAUGGUUCCGUGGGUAGCCAUGUUUGGAGGAGGAUGUUUGGAUGGAGGAGACAGUUCCCAAGAGAAAAGUUGUGCCUGGCUAACCACACUACAGAUGUCCAUGAUGGUGGCCCUGAGGCAAGUCCUUUCUCAUGCACAAAAGCUUGAAUAAGCUUAUCAAUGUAUGGCAUGUUUGGUAGGAUCAAACCCUUUUUUUCCCCCUUCCCUUUUUAAAAAAAGAGCCAUCUUGUCUCACCUUCUAUGUACCAUUCUCUUGCCCAGACAACUAAAACAUUCUAAGGAGAGCCUCCCCAUAAGUUAAGUGCCUAUGUGCCCACCAGAUCGGAAGAUCCUUAAAGAAAGCAACCAGGAUUAAUUUAUCCCCAUGUGUCGACUGCCCCAUGAUUCCAUCAUAGAUCAGACACUCAAGAAAUAGUUGUAGAACUGAGUUAAGAUCUCUUCUCACUCUUCAGCGAUCUCUGAGAACUGAACAUUUUAGAUGUUUAGGAUCCCUGGAAAGGCCUAAUGCUAGAAGCUAAAAAUAAAAGUGGAAAUUAAUAGAAGACCGGGUAACUUAAGGUAGUGGUGGGAAGAAAAAAAAUAGUCAGUAAGGGUUGUCCCCAUAACAGAGAGAUGAACAAGAGACUACAGGUUAUGAUAGACAGGUUGGGAAUAUACAGUUAAUAUAUUUGCCUCCAACCUUCCCUGGACCCGAAAUCAUAGCAGGAGAGAAGAGCGAUUGGGAAGAACAUUGCUGAUGGAGUUGGUAGAUAUAUGGGGGUGAAAGGAAUUUUAAGGUCCUUAAGCAGGACCAGAAAUGUGCUAACUUUUCACUGAUAGAUAAGCUCCAUCCUUUAUUAGAAGGUCGACAUGGAUGUCUAAUCAAGCUUGGCUUCUAAUCAUAGUUGUACAGUGAUGACACUGAGGACAUUGCUUCAGAGAGUGAGAAGAUGCAUUUCAAAGGUAAGGAGGCGCCAUCACUUUCUGUUCUCCCCCUAGAGAGAGAAGGACUGACAGGAGUGCACUGGGUUAGUAAAUCAGCCUGGUGCCCACAUUCUGAGCCCUGGAGAUCCUUGCUCAGAGUUCUGAGGGAGGCUAAGAUCUGUGGCUGCUCUAGAAGUAGCCUGGGAAUUCUCCAAAUGACCACAGGCAGGGAGAGUUCUCCAAGGCAUGGGUCCUUUCUCCUCUGUUCUCAAGGUAAUUCCACUAUCCAGGCUCGCAGAGUUGGGAUCAGAGCAGCAGAAAAAGGACAGUCCCCACUGUACCCUCUCCCCAGGUUCCUUUUUGCAUGCUGCUCCCUCUCUGGAAGGAAUCCUCCCCACCAUGACACACUCUCGCUGUUUUCACUUUUCCUCCAGGACUCCUCUCUGGGCAUCAGUUUCUUCAUCUGCAAAAAUUAAGGGGUCAGGCUGGGUAACUCUGCAGGGCCCUGAUAUCUUCUGAAAUCUCGAAGGUAGAAGUGAUGCUGGGAUGCAAAGACAGGAGUCCAUGCCCAGAUUAUACGUCCAGAUAUGGGAAGGCCUAUGAUGUGCAGUGAUGCCAUAGACAUCGUGGGUAGGCUGCAGAGAAAGUGAUCAACAUGAGGACACAGCUCUGCCCUGAGACCUUGCACUUUAUUGCAAAUACUUCAACAAGGUGAGUAACCAAAAGAGAGGGAGGUACUGUGGGACACCCAACCUAGUCUAGGGGUAUCAGGGAAGGCUUCCAGGAAGCAGUGACUUCCAAGUUGAUACCCAGUGGACAAACAAGCGUCAACCAGGUUUUGGCUUGCUUUUUGGCGGGGGAUGGGGGGAGUGUGGUGGGAUGGAGACUGGAAUGAACAUUCCAGCCAGAGAGAACAGCUCUGAACUAAAAGAUCAAUGUGUGAGGGCUGCAAAGAAAACCACGGUGAGGAGGAAGCAGACUGGAGCACUGGCAUGGAGGACAUUGUGGGCCAGAAUGGAUUUGAUCCUGAGGGCAAUGGAGAGCCAUGGGAGGUCUAAGGAAGAGAGCAGUGGCACUGUCUGAUUUCCCAAUUGUGAGAUCACUUGGGUCCCUGGGUCAAGGUAGAGAGGUGCACCUCCCACACCAGUGGAGAGAACAUUUUGAAUCAGUUUUGCUCUCAGUUUUAGAAGCUUAGACCUAAAAAUAAUUAGAGAAAAUACCUCAAAGAAACACCCUGAAAAGGAGUGGUUACAGAAAGGGGGAUAGGUGUCCUUGUGUUAAGCAAAGAAUGAGUGGCCAGGGAAGUGAAUCACCUGAGGGUGGGCAUGCUCCCCACUGUGCUGGUAAGCUGCGGGGAGGGAUUCCAGGAGCCAUCUCUCAACCCCCGAGGACUCUGGUUGGUGACAAGGGGGCCCCCCUGCCUUCUUGCUGGGUCUCCACUUCUCCACCUGCAGAACUUGCCAAGAUUGGGUGCAGGAGGCUGGGGGUUGGGUGGGAAAGCUGCUGAAUCCUCCUUAGGUGAGCUGUGGGGGUGGAAGAGUUCUCUAGUCUCUUCUCCUGGAAAGGAUUCUGUAUCCUGUGGCCCCACAGUAUGGAGGCCAAUGGCUAAGUCCGUGGAGCGCGUCUGUGGCCAAGUCCAGACUGAGUCUAGGUGGUUUUCCUGAAGAAGAAAAAGGCCUCUGCAGGAGGGGGUGGAAGCUGAGAAAGAGUGAAGGGGUCAUUUGGUUACUCCCCAGUCUUGACAUUCAUCACACACACACACUCUGUGCCGAGGGUGCUGGGGACCAGAGACUCACACCCAGCAGCAGCGGGGAGAGGGGCUGAACUGUGGGACCUGGGGGAGGGGAGAGGCAGGCUGGGCCUUGAAGGUGCAGGGCAGGGUCGUGUGGCCUUCAGGACAAGUUAGGAGAGAGGCAACCCUCCCCCUCUGCAGCUUCACACCGCGCCUCCACUACAGUCCUUCUACCCGCUGGGCACUCCAGCUGGUGGGUCUCGGCUCUCCAAAGGCUCUUUCUCUCCGCCCCUUAGCCUCUGUUCCUCUGUUGUGUCUGUCCCUGGCCUUGUCUCACUGAGACUGACCCUCCGUGUGUGUCUGUCUCACUAUCACUGCCCUGUUUUGUCUCAUCUCUCUCUUCAUCUCCAUCACAAUCCUUCUUUCCAACCGUGUCUCUUCCCUGUGUUUUCUGUCUCCAUGCCUGCCUCACUUGCUUUCUCUGUCCCCCUCUCGUCUCUCUCUUAUCUUUGUCUCCUCUAUCUCUGCCUUGUCCCACCUCCUUCCCUUCCUUCCUCUUGUACAUGUUUCACCUUUGUCGCCACCUCUGUCCCUGUCUCCCUCUUGCCGCCCACCCCCCCCCGCCCACGUCUCCAAUCUAUCUCUCUCGUCCAUGUCUCAUCCUUAUCUCCAUCUGUGUACCUGUAUCUCUCUUGUCCCUUUCUCCAUCUUUCUCCAUCACUGUUUCUGUCCCUUUCUCUCCCUGUCUCCGUCUCUGUCUCCUCUCUUCAUCCACAUCCUCUGUCCCCAUCUCAGGCCCCGUCUCUUCCUCGUCCUUGUCUUCAUUCCCCCUCCUGAGCCAUCUCCGUGGUCCCUUCCGGGAUGGGACCUCGCUGGGGGCGGGGCCGAGGGACUGGAUCGGAAUAACUCGGUUAUCAGGACGAAUUGAAUUAACUUCUUCACACGAGCGCCGCCGGGCCUGUUUCCCCUCCCUUCUGCGGGGCCGCAGGUGGAGAGGCCAGGGAGAGGGGUCGGGACCCUACGGCUGGGCACGAUGCAUAGACUGAAGGUCUGGUCCGGAUUGGGGCGGGAUGGGGGACUCUAGGGAUGGGGCCCCGCGCAGCCUGCCCUGCACAUCCCGAGCUCUAAGAGGGCGGCGGCGACCCUUUGGGGUGGGGGUCGGGGGCGGCUGGGGGCGGGGCCUUGGCCGUCCAGGCCCCGCCCCGACGAGCUCGCCCCGCCCCGCCCCCUCCUCGGGGUCCUACGCGUUAAAAGGCGCGCGGGCCGGGUUGGGCUGCACUUGCGUUGCACCGGGGCGGAGCGCGGCCGCGACGGGGCGGGCGGACUCGCGAGCUCUGAGAGCCGGCCUCGGGUCCUCGGCCCCUGGCGCUCCAACCCCCAUCUUGACCCCCACCCGGCCCGGGACACCAACUCCGACCCGGCCCGGCCCGGCCCCCGCCCCCGCCCCCCGGGCCGAUGGACUACUCCUACCUCAAUUCGUACGACUCGUGCGUGGCGGCCAUGGAGGCGUCCGCCUACGGCGACUUCGGCGCCUGCAGCCAGCCCGGCGGCUUCCAGUACAGUCCCCUGCGGCCCGCCUUCCCCGCGGCCGGGCCUCCCUGCCCCGCGCUCGGCUCCUCCAACUGCGCGCUUGGCGCUCUACGCGACCAUCAGCCUGCGCCCUACUCGGCAGUGCCCUACAAAUUCUUCCCGGAGCCGUCGGGCCUGCACGAGAAGCGCAAGCAGCGGCGGAUCCGCACCACGUUUACCAGCGCGCAGCUGAAGGAGCUGGAACGCGUCUUCGCCGAGACUCACUACCCCGACAUUUACACGCGCGAGGAGCUGGCGCUCAAGAUCGACCUUACCGAGGCUCGCGUGCAGGUCUGGUUCCAGAACCGCCGGGCCAAGUUCCGCAAACAGGAGCGUGCGGCCAGCGCCAAGGGUGCGGCGGGCGCGGCGGGCGCCAAAAAGGGUGAGGCGCGCUGCUCGUCUGAGGACGACGACUCCAAGGAGUCCACGUGCAGCCCCACGCCCGACAGCACCGCGUCGCUGCCGCCGCCGCCGCCUGCGCCCGGCCUGGCCAGCCCGCGCCUGAGCCCCAGCCCGCUGCCCGCCGCCCUGGGGUCCGGACCUGGAGCCGGGCCGGGGCCACAGCCGCUCAAGGGCCCGUUGUGGGCCGGCGUGGCGGGCGGUGGGGGCGGCGGACCGGGCGCGGGCGCGGCGGAGCUGCUUAAGGCUUGGCAGCCGGCGGAACCCGGGCCAGGGCCCUUCUCGGGGGUUCUGUCUUCCUUCCACCGGAAGCCCGGCCCCUCCCUGAAGACCAAUCUCUUCUAGCUGCCGGCCUCUAGAGGCUCCGGGCCUGCCGCCUGAGACGCCCCUGCCCCUCCAGGAUCUGACAGAGUCCCUCCUCAUCCUGGCCACCUGCCUGAUGUCCCCAUCUGUCCCACCCCCCACCGUGUCUGACACCUAUGUGUGCCCUCCCCAGCUUUGGAGACCAAGUCAGGGCCACUCUCAUCCUCACCCACCCCUACUCAGUGGAGGGGGGUACUUUUCACUGGGAUGCCCUCCAGGAGAGCCCAGAACCCCUUCUAGCCUGGUUUUCUUCAGAACCGGAAUCAAACAACACCUGCCCCUAACACAGUGCCCAAAGGUGACUCCUCAAACGGGGACAGCCUGGCUUCCUCCCCUGCCCCUGUAGCUGGCUGGGUCACUCAGCUUGGAGAGCAGUCUGCUGCUGCAGCCCUUGGGCCCACCCACACUGACCCCACCCGUGCAAAGGCUGGUCGUCAUUGGGAUAAUGAGUGGCCUGAAGGGUCCCACCACCAAUUUCACCCUCAUGCAUCCCCUCCCAUCCCCAGCCGGUCUGGCACAGAGGGCAGGCCCGUUAGAUGAGUGGAGGAGCUGCCAGGGCAACGGGAUGGAGGGGCUUCCUCGUUCCUGUUUUUUUGUCGUUGUUGCUGUUGUUGCUCUUUUCCUUUGAAAAACCUGUAAUUUAUUGAGGUGAGUUUUGCUCAAUCCAAAUAAAACUUAAUUUA